AUGGGCGAGCUCCCGUUCUUCAGGGCGCACACUGCCUUUCACCCGGACCGCCUGUGGAUCUGGGAAAAGGCCGUGUAUGUGGACGAGAACCAGCGCACUUGGCUGCCCAUAACCAUCGAGAUGGACAGCAGCCUCCAGGUACUGAUGCGCCAGGAAGAUAUCCCCCUGGGGGAGCCCGUGCGCCCCAGCCAGCUAGGCCCUUACCUGCUGCCUUUGAUGUGGCAGCUUUACCCAGGAAGAAAGUACCGAGGCUCAGACUCCAGUUUCUGGCGCAUAGUGUACCACAUCGAGUUCAGUGGCAUAGAGGACAUGCUCCUCGAGCAGGUGCCAGACCCGGAUAAUGAGUGA